CAGGGGCAGUACCCGUAUGCAGGGCCGAGCGGGUGGUUCCGGUGCAGGCCGGGGGUGCUAUGGGCGGCCGCAACAAGAAGCCGCGGGCGGGCAGCGCGGCACAUACCGCCUGCGCCGCCACCGCCGCUGCCCGGGCUCGAGCCGCCGCCGAGGCUGGCGCUGCGGCUGCUGCGGAGGCGGGUAACCGAGCGGCGCCGCGGCCGCCGCCCGCCUGCAAGGAGCCGCGUGUCAAGCAAGGUCCAAAAACUUACAGUUUUAGUUCAACGACAGAUUCCAGUGCUGCUGCAAAUCUAGAUAAAUCUGUUCUUAAGGUAAUGAUAAAUGGUAGCUUGGAGAAAAGGAUUAUUGAUGUCAUCAAUGACCAUAAAAAACAAAAUGAUGACAAAGGAAUGAUUUCCAAAAGACUUACUGCUAAGAAACUACAGGAUGUAUACAUGGCUUUACAAAGAUUCUCUUUUAAGACUGAGCACAUUGAGGAAGCAAUGAAAAAUACACUUUUAUAUGGUGGUGAUCUUCACUCUGCACUUGAUUGGCUUUGUUUAAACCUUCCUGAUGAUGCCUUACCUGAAGGCUUUAGCCAGCAGUUUGAAGAACAGCAACAGAAACCUAGAGCAAAAUUUUGUUCUCCUGUGACAAAACGGGAACCACCACCUCGCAUAGUGGAUAACAAAAAGAAAGAGAAUGGGCCUGCAACUAAGGAAAUGAAUGUAGGGAAAGAGAAAGAAGUGAGUAUGAAGGAAUGGAUUUUGCGAUAUGCUGAGCAACAAAGUGAUGAAGAGAAGGAUGAGUCUGUGAAAGAGGCAGAUGAAGAAAAGUUUGACCCAAAUGAGAGAUAUGUACAUCUGGCCGCCAAGCUUUCAGAAGCAAAAGAACAAGCAAGUAUCUCCAAGCAAGACAAAGACAAGCAAGGCCAGAAGGCAGCACAGGAGAAAAUACGAAGAAUUCAGCAAGAAAUGGCAGUACUUGAAGAACAUCCAGUAUUUAAUCCAGCUAUAAAGAUUUCAAACCAACAACAAAAUGAAAAGAAAAACACUCCUUCACCUCAGCCUCAAGAAACCACUUUGAAUUUGAGUUUGCUUGAAAAACCUGAUGGUGCUGCAAAGGAAGACAAAGUGAAAAAGAAAGAACCUCUAGAUAUAAGAAACUUUGAUUAUAGUGCUCGAAGCUGGACUGGCAAAUCUCCAAAACAAUUUUUGAUUGACUGGUGCAGGAAGAAUUUUCCCAAGAGCCCAAAUCCUGCUUUUGAAAAGGUUCCAGUUGGAAAAUAUUGGAAAUGUAGGGUCAGGAUUAUCAAAUCGUCAGAUGAUGUAAUGACAAUGUGUCCUACAAUUGUGACAGAAGAUAGUAUGCAAGCACAACAUCUAGCUGCUACUUUGGCACUCUAUCAUCUAACCAAAGGACAAUCAGUUCAUCAGUUGCUGCCUCCUACCUACCGAGAUGUCUGGCUAGAAUGGAGGGAUAUCGAAAUGAAAAAGGAAGAAGAAAACAAGAUAGAAACCAAUAAACCUCGUGAUAACUUUAUUGCUAGAUUAUUAAACAAACUCAAACAACAACAACAACUACAAUCUGAAGACCAACCAAAAGUAUCUGAGGGUCCUGAAGAUUCCUGGGAAAACUUAGUUUCUGAUGAGGACUUCAGCAGUCUCUCCCUUGAGACCUCAGACACUGAUAAUUUGGAACCUUCAAGGAUUUUAUUCAAAAAGCUGCAAAGUUCCUCCAAAUACCAGAGGCUUCUGAAAGAGAGACAGGAGUUACCUGUGUUUAAGCACAGAUACUCAAUUGUAGAAACUCUUAAAAAGCAUCGAGUAGUUGUUGUGGCUGGUGAAACAGGCAGUGGAAAGAGUACCCAGGUGCCCCAUUUCUUGUUAGAAGACUUGUUGCUAGAUGAAGGAUCAAGUAAAUGUAAUAUUGUUUGCACACAACCACGAAGAAUCUCAGCAGUGAGUCUGGCAACCAGGGUUUGUGAAGAGCUAGGCUGUGAAUCAGGACCAGGAGGAAAAAAUUCCUUGUGUGGAUACCAAAUUCGUAUGGAAUCAAGAACAGGAGAAGCCACCAGACUACUGUACUGCACAACAGGUGUCCUGCUUCGGAAACUUCAAGAGGAUGGUCUUCUUUCAAGUAUAUCUCAUGUUAUUGUAGAUGAGGUGCAUGAAAGAAGUGUCCAGUCCGAUUUCUUGCUAGUUAUUCUGAGGGAGAUCUUGCAUAAGCGUUCAGACCUGCAUCUGAUUUUAAUGAGUGCUACUGUAGACAGUGAGAAGUUUUCUAGUUAUUUCUCACACUGUCCCAUUUUAAGGAUCUCAGGGAGGAGUUACCCUGUUGAGGUUUUCCAUGUUGAAGAUGUAAUUGAAGCAACUGGCUAUGUCCUGGAGAAGGACUCAGAAUAUUGUCAGAAGUUCUUGGAGGAGGAGGAGGAAGUAACAAUAAAUGUCACUGGGAAAGGAGGAGGUAUUACAAAGUAUCAGGAGCAUGUCCCCAUCCAGUCUGGAUCUGGUAUCGAUUUGGCUCCUUACUAUGCGAAGUAUAGCAGUCGUACGCAACAAGCCAUCUUCUAUAUGAACCCUUACAAGAUCAAUCUUGAACUUAUUUUGGAGUUGCUUGCAUACUUAGAUAGAAGUCCCCAGUUCAACAACAUUGAGGGUGCUGUGCUGAUCUUUUUACCAGGCCUUGCUCAUAUCCAACAGCUAUAUGAUCUCAUUUCAACAGACAGAAGAUUUAACUUGCGUGAUAGGCACAGGUUGAUAGCUUUGCACUCUGUUCUUUCAACUCAAGACCAAGCAGCUGCAUUUACAAUACCUCCUCUUGGUGUUAGAAAGAUUGUUUUGGCGACCAAUAUUGCAGAGACAGGUAUCACGAUACCAGAUGUUGUCUUUGUAAUUGACACUGGGAGAACAAAAGAAAAUAGGUAUCACGAAAGUAGUCAGAUGAGUUCCCUGGAGGAGACCUUUGUUAGUAAAGCUAGUGCUCUGCAGCGACAAGGAAGAGCUGGGCGUGUUAGGGCUGGAUUCUGCUUCCGAAUGUACACAAGAGACAGGUUUGAAAGCUUCAUGGAAUAUUCUGUUCCAGAAAUAUUACGUGUGCCUUUGGAGGAAUUAUGCCUUCACAUUAUGAAAUGCAAUCUUGGCUCCCCUGAGGAUUUCCUUUCCAGAGCAUUAGACCCACCACAGCAGCAAGUAAUUGGUAAUGCGAUGAACCUGUUGAGGAAGAUUGGGGCUUGUCUCUUAAAUGAGCCCAAGUUGACUCCAUUGGGCCAGCACCUUGCAGCCCUUCCUGUCAAUGUAAAGAUUGGCAAAAUGCUUAUAUUUGGUGCUAUAUUUGGCUGUUUGGAUCCUGUGGCAACUCUGGCUGCUGUUAUGACAGAAAAGUCCCCAUUUACUACACCAAUUGGUCGAAAAGAUGAAGCAGAUCUUGCAAAAUCAUCCCUAGCAAUGGCAGUUUCAGACCAUAUAACAAUCUACAACGCUUAUCUGGGGUGGAAAAAGGCUCGACAAGAAGGGGGUUAUCGUGCUGAAAUGACUUAUUGCAGAAGAAAUUUCCUCAACAGGACUUCACUGUUAACUCUGGAGGAUGUGAAGCAAGAACUCAUAAGGGUGGUGAGAGCAGCAGGGUUCACAGCACCUACAACGCAAUGUGGAUGGGAUAGAAAUGGAGCCACACAAUCCCUUUCUCUCCACGAAAUAGCUCUUCUGAAAGCUGUGUUGACUGCAGGGCUGUAUGACAAUGUAGGAAAAAUAUUGUACACAAAGUCCGUGGAUGUUACAGAGAAGCUGGCUUGCAUGGUAGAAACUGCUCAAGGCAAAGCACAAGUGCAUCCCUCCUCUGUAAAUAGAGACUUACAGAUGUAUGGAUGGCUCCUUUACCAGGAGAAGGUGAGGUAUGCUAAGGUGUAUUUGAGAGAAACUACGUUAAUAUCCCCCUUUCCCAUUUUGCUUUUUGGUGGGGAUAUAGAAGUCCAGCAUCGGGAGCGUCUCCUGACAGUUGAUGGCUGGAUCCAUUUUCAGGCUCCUGUAAAGAUAGCAGUAAUUUUCAAACAGCUGAGAGUCCUUAUUGAGUGUGUUUUAAAGAAGAAGCUUGAAAAUCCUAAAAUGUCACUUGAAGAUGACAAGGUCUUACACAUCAUCAAAGAACUGAUAAAAACAGAGAACUGAAAACAGAAAUCAGUAACAAACCUGAGUUUCAGUAAUGGUACUCCGGGAUUAAAUGAAAGUAUUUAAAUGCUUAGUGUGAUUGAUACCAGCCAUGAUUGGAAAGACUGCAUGAUUUUGCAUAGGAUUUACCUUUAUAUCAUUUUUGAAGAUGAACAUUAUGUUUUAGCCUUUACAAUACAUAUGGUGCCAUUUGUCUGACUGUAUGAUUAGUGGAUGGAAACAGUUUCUUUUCAAUAUAAAAACAGCUGUGGCAAAUUCCUCUUCUUGUUUCAUGUUUAAUGUACCAAUCAUACCAUCACUGGUGCAGACUAUAGUAAUGAUUGAAGAUUGGGUCCUGAAUCUCAAGUUGAGUAGAAUUCCAUUAGGUGUAUGCGAACAGAAGGCACACAUUAUGGGGAUUUUCUAAGUGGCAAUUUUUAUCUGUGAGUGUUAAAGCAGUACAUCUUACAGAUGUCUUCAGUUUUCUGUAUGGUUUACAUUAAGGAGAUGCUUUAUAGAAAAGUAGUAGGCACUGCUGUGAACAGGUGCUCAGCUAGACAAGUGUACUGAUUACAGGUGCUCAGCUGGACAAGUGGCUGUACAAGUCCCUCCCCUGCCUCUUCUCAACUUGUUCCUCCCUGUUCACCCUGAUCCUUGUCUCUCGCCCUCCUACUGUAAUAAGCACAGACCUGCAAGCCUCCUCAGAUGAUUAUGAUGUUCUUCCCCCUUUAUUUGUCAAAGUUCAGGUUGGCCACUUUAAGUUUCUUUAAUGGCUCAUUAAUCAAUGACUGAAGCCUCCUGGUCUUCAUUAUUUUCUCUUUCACUUACACACAGAUACGCAAACAUUGUGAGUUUUUCUUCUUUUAUACUGAAUGUUCUUCCACCAUGUAACCUAAUGGACUAGAUGUUCUUAAAUUCCACCUAUCCACACCAUUUACAAUUAUGAAGUGAUAUUUUAGUUCACCAACUUGGCUUUCAAGAAUGAGGAGUAUUUUUUUGAGGGGGAGGGUUUGCCAUUAAACAAUUGCAGUCCAGUGGGAGGUCUUUCUGUACAGGCAGAGGCAUAGUGUGGAAGAUUUUUUUUUUUUUUAAAUCUGAAAAAUACUGACUUCAUACAGCAGAGGUUAAGAGUAUACAGAAAAGGCACUGAGGACAAUGCCUGAAAAUACAUGGAGAAUACCCAGUUAGAUUAUCACAGCAGAACUGCUACGCUAACAUUAAAAAAUAAGAUGAAAGUAAACCAGCUUGUGCAUUGGUACCUUACACUCAAUUCUGGAACAGGCAAGUUUUCCUAAAUUUUCCCAAAUAGCAUUUGCUAAGAACUCUCAGGGAAGAAUGAUGGCAUCUGUUAUCCUUUUAUGGAUUGUGAUAAACUAGUAGUAGUGCUGGUUUCCUGGAAGAGGUAGGAACUGUUUGGUGGUGGGUUUUUUUAUUGCAAAGUAUAUAACACUUAUACAAGGAAACAUUUCAAGAUAAAUCUGUACCCUGAAUAACUUGCUAGAUUUUGUUCUAGUUGAGGUCUUUUAUAUCCUUUGGAAACAUUAAUUAGAAAUAUACAUCGCUCAUUCAACAAUGAAAAAGCUCCUCUGUUUCUUUGGGAUUUGAAUUUUGCUUCUCAGUUGUUGGUUUUAAAUGGCUAAAUCCUAGUUAAAGUAUUAAUUGUCCUUGAGUUAUUCUCCCUUCAUUGACUGUGAUGAAUAGGAAAUAUUUGUUCAAUUUACGUAUGGUAAUGUUGAAAUUCUGAGGCAUUCUUUAUGUUCUUCCAGCAUGCCCUGCUUUGUAAUAUUUUAAAGAAAUAGCUUUUGUCAGUUGCUAUUAAGGGGAUAUAUUGUAAUAACUAUGGAAUUGCACACUCUCUGCAAAACAGAUGAAACAUGUCACACUGUGGUGUACAGAUGAGCACAGUUAUCUUAGAAUUAAAAAUAAGCAAAAAAGAGACUACACUGGCUUUCUGCUUCUGCAGUGUACAUGAGUAACUUUUGUGCCUGUGUUCUUUUGAGGGAACAAACUUUCUCUUUAGUUCCAUUUAUUUAAUAAAUACUUCUAUUACCA